GAGCAGUUUCGUUGGCGUAUUGUUCCUCCAGAUUGAACCUGCUUCUAGUACUGGUCGUAUUUCUCACAUGAGUUAUGGUCCGAUGCUGUUAUUCGAAAGCGCUCACGAAGCGCUCCGCCGAAGACUCGCUUAUGCUCCCUCCGCCACCGACCAAGAAGAUUAAGCGACCCUCCAAAGUAUUAGACGAGGAUCAGUAUACGUCUGCAUUAUCGCACAUUAUAGCACGGGACUUCUUCCCUGGUCUCGAAGAAACUGCGUCGACACAGGAGUAUCUAGAUGCCUUACAAUCUGAAGACAAAGAGUGGAUAGCACGAGCAGGAAAGAGAUUGACGCAGAUUAUGACACCUGGUCCAAACGGAAGGCAAGCUAGAGGCAAGAUAGGAACGAGGACGACACCGUAUACUGGAUUAUCAAGUGAAACGCCGCAGGGCUGGGUAGGAGACACACCAUGGACAGUCGGAAGAACAGAAGUUCAUGAUCAAAGCCGACCUAAACCACCAAACAUUAAUAUGAAUAUGUCGCUAUCUGCUUUUCAAGCUAAAUACACGUCUGAAGACAAUGAAUCAUUCAACGCUCUCCUCGACAAAGGAAAUGAGCAGAACCGCCAGAAAAAUGCCUGGUUAUGGAACGGCAACCAGAUCCCAGGCGGUGCGAGAGUACUCGAGCAGGCAAAGCAGCAGAAAUCGCUCGAGGCGCUCAACUCGCCAUCCGCAUCGAACGACAUCAUACUGGCAGAUCGAGCUUGUGAUAAACGCCCUGCAAUGCCAGAGUACAGAAAGGCCGAACCGAAGAACAGCCUCAUGUUCAUCCCCGAUUCGAUAGAAGAUUAUCAACAGACCAGUAUUCAGGAAGCUGAAGCAAAAUCUCUGGCCCCCCCAAAAGCUAUUAAUUACGCAGGUACGCGUAUGCCCGAUGAGUCAAAUCCUGUGUCAAGCGUCCCGCCAAGUCCCUCCAUGAGUGCGGUCGACGCUGCAGUUACGGGAAGGCCGCAUUUCUCAGCUUCCGAAGCUGGGUACUCAGGAGCAGAGACACCAAGAGUGGCAGGGUACAAAUUUGUGGAUGCUGAAGUUCAGCCGCAUGAGAUAACUUACAUGGAGCGCCGAUCUCGUGGGGAAUCCAAAGAGCAGCCUGAUCCUGACAAUGUGCUCAGAUUGCUUGGGUCCCCAGAUGCCACACCUAACCCCUUCAAGCUUCCCGAAACCAGCAAUAGAGAAAGACUACAUCUCAAACUUGUCGACAGGGUUAAUAGAAAUCGGAGAACGUCAAGUGAUAGGCUAGGUGCACUGAUGGGGGGCCAAACGCCUGGAAGGACGCCAACCCCGAAAUUUAUGAGCGCAAGUGGCAUCAAGCGAGCGCCAGGAAACCUGACUCCUGCAGCUCAGAACCUUCUGAGAAAGAUUGGGACAUCCGCUCACGCAACAAGUGCAUGGGAUGCGAAGUCAAAAGGAAAAGAAGAUUCAAAGCUUGCCGGUGUAACACCAAGGAUAAGUAGAUAACACAAAGAUGCGUGUAUGAUAAUUACGAUCGAUUCAAGCCAAAGAUUUAUAUGAGGCGCUGAGAGGAUAAUGAUGCACCGAAAAUAUCCU